AUGGUUGAAGAUUUUGAGCAGCUCUUUUGUUUUGGUGCUGUUGGGCCUCAAGUUGGACUUCAAUGUAUAUGUGCGGCGAAAGUCUUGGCCGAGAAUGGCGUAAAGGACCUGCUGAUCCUCGAGGCUUCGGACCGUAUCGGCGGUAGAAUCCGGAAGGAAAAUUUUGGAGGUCUGCCGGCGGAGCUUGGGGCCGGGUGGGUAGCUGGAGUUGGAGGCAGAGAGUCUAAUCCUGUCUGGGAACUCGCUUGCAAAUUAGGCCUCCGAACCUGCUUCUCCGACUAUAGCAAUGCGCGCUACAACAUCUAUGAUCGCAGUGGGAAGAUCAUUCCGAGCGGAAUCGCUGCUGAAUCGUACAAAAGGGCGGUGGACUCGGCAAUUCAAAGUUUGAGGAAUCAGGAACUUGGUGGCCAUGAGACUCCUUCCACUCCUUCGAUACCGAAGACGCCAAUAGAGCUGGCCAUUGAUUUCAUCCUCCAUGAUUUUGAAAUGGCAGAAGUGGAGCCUAUAUCUACAUUCGUAGAUUUCGGGGAGAGAGAAUUCUUAGUUGCUGAUGAGAGAGGAUUUGAAUAUUUGCUAUACAAAUUGGCCGAAGAUUUUCUCCACACUUCGCAGGGUAAAAUCUUGGACAGUCGUCUCCAACUCAACAAGGUCGUUCGGGAAUUACAUCAUUCGAGGAGUGGCGUUACAGUAGUAACUGAGGAUGGUUGUAUUUAUGAAGCAGAUUACCUGAUUCUGUCUGUCAGUAUCGGCGUUCUUCAAAGCGACCUCAUUGCGUUUAAUCCACCCUUACCCAGGUGGAAAUCGGAAGCCAUAGAGAAACUGGAUCUGAUAGUGUACACCAAAAUCUUUCUGAAGUUUCCGUAUAAGUUUUGGCCAAGUGGACCCGAGAAGGAAUUCUUCAUCUAUGCUCAUGAUCGGAGAGGUUACUACACAUUUUGGCAGGACAUGGAAAACGCAUACCCUAACUCUAAUGUCUUGGUAGUGACCCUAACAAAUGAGGAAUCAAAACGUGUUGAAGCCCAAUCUGAUAAAGAGACCUUGAAAGAAGCUAUGGAGGUCCUCAGGGAUAUGUUUGGACCUGACAUACCUGAUGCCACUGAUAUACUUGUUCCCCGCUGGUGGAAUAACAGGUUCCAGCGUUGCAGUUACAGCAAUUAUCCCAUUGUCUCUAAUAAUAAUCAACUUAAUCACAGUAUUAAGGCUCCAGUGGAUCGCAUUUACUUUACUGGAGAGCACACAAGUGAAAAAUUUAACGGUUAUGUCCAUGGUGCUUACCUUGCAGGUAUUGACACCAGUAAAGCAUUACUAGAAGAUAUGAGGAAGGAGAUUAUGGAAAGAAAAAGUGAGAGCCAAACCCUAUUUCUAGAACCCUUUAUAGCAUGUACAGAGAAACUAACUAACUUAUCACAGCCAGACACGGUUUCUAGUCCCCACAAAUGCGAUAUUCCUACUCAAAAAUACCUUAGUCGCAAGGUUGAGGCCAUAUUAUGAUCAUGGACCUGUUUAUAAAGUCUAGUAAUGUAGAUGAUGAUGAUGAUGAUGAUGAGCUAAGCAUGAAAUCAUCAUGGCCCGGAGAGUCUUGGACGAAACAUGAUGACUAGGGAGAUUUAUUAUUGCAUGGUAGGUCUUAAUCACAAGGAAAUUCAGAGAUUCGACUUUGAUUUUGAAAAAGAUAGGUAAAUUAAGUCAAAUAGGAUGAGAUAUUGAAUUACGUCUAGGACAAGUCUCAUUAAAGGAAAAGAACCGUUUUUUUUCCCCCUUUCGCCAGAAAAAGCAUUGUCUGAUCUGACUACAUGUUUAUUUAUAGUCGGCUUAAUUUGAUUCAUUUUUGG